GUUCAUGAACCACCGAGUCCCUGCCCACAAGAGGUACCAGCCCACCGAGUAUGAACAUGCAGCCAACUGUGCCACCCAUGCUCUCUGGAUCAUCCCCAGCAUCCUCGGCAGCUCCAACCUCUACCUCCUGUCAGAUGACGACUGGGAGACCAUCUCUGCCUGGAUCUAUGGCCUUGGCCUCUGUGGGCUCUUCGUGGUGUCCACUGUGUUCACACCAUCUCCUGGAAAAAGAGCCACCUCAGGAUGGUGGAGCACUGCUUGCACAUGUUCGACCGAAUGGUCAUCUACUUCUUCAUAGCGGCAUCCUAUGCACCCUGGCUGAACCUUCGGGAGCUGGGGCCCUGGGCCUCCCACAUGCGUUGGCUGGUCUGGAUCAUGGCCUCUGUGGGCACCAUCUACGUCUUCUUCUUCCAUGAGCGGACACAGCCUUUGCCCUGUCAUUGGCCAGAGCCCUCAGUCCUUGUCCAUGACGACUGGCCCACCAUGUUUUAUGGGACCCACUUCAUCAUGUCUCCACCCACCAAGAGCAAGCUGAAGCGGCAGAGCCAGCUGUUAUCCAGCGUGCUGUCCCGGACGCUGAGCUACAAGUACCGAGACCUGGACACCACUUUCUCCAGCCUGGGCGCCAGCGAUGACCCUGCAGAACUCUCCACCCAGCUCUCGGCCCCUGGGGUCCUGAAGGUGUUCGGGGACAGUGUCUGCACGGGUACCCACUACAAGAGCGUCCUGGCCACCGGCAUGUCCAGCGCCCAGGAGCUGGUGAAGGAGGCCCUGGAGCGCUAUGCCUUGAGCCCAGAGUGCGCCAGCCAGUAUGUGCUGUGUGACGUGGUGGGCCAGGCUGGUGACCCUGGGCAGCAGUGGCAGGCUGAAUGCUUUCGGGUCUUUGGGGAUAACGAGAAGCCCCUCUUGAUCCAGGAAUUGUGGAAACCCCGAGAAGGCUUGUCCCGGAGGUUUGAGCUAAGAAAGAGGUCAGACGUGGAAGAGCUGGCAGCCAAGGAUGUGGACACUCUGACUGCAGGGAUAAACGCCCAAGCCCGGAGGCUGCAGCGGAGCCGUGCCAAGGGAACCCCAGCCCUGGCUUCAGAGGGUGCCCAGAGCCCCCCUACACCCCGGCUGCGCCGCACAGUCAGUGAGAGCAGCCUGAGCUCGGCCACCACCCCAGGCCCUGAGGAACGCGGCCAGGAAACCAUGCGCUACUCACUCUAUGAGUCUCCCCACCUACUCCUUCUGCAGGGCUACAGCCAACAGCACGACAGCCUGGUGUACCUGCUCAAUCGGGAACAGCACACGGUGGGCCAGAGGACCCCUUCCAGCAAGCCCAGUGUAAGCCUCUCGGCCCCCGACAUCCUACCCUUGCACUGCACCAUCCGCAGGCACCAGCCUUCCGGCCCAGAGCAGGCAGGGAGCAGGCUGGUCCUGGAGCCCAUCCCCGGGGCACCCGUCUCCGUCAACUUCUCUGAAGUCGGGGGCCGGGCAGUGGUGCUGCGCCAUGGGGACCUGCUCUCCCUCGGCCUCUACUACCUGCUGCUGUUCAAGGACCCAGCGCAGGCCCAGCCCCUGCCUGCCCAGGCGCUGGCCCGACUGCGUGCCGUGCCACGGAGCUGCAGGAUGUGUGGCGCCUCGCUCCGGGCCCAGGGCACCUCCACCUCUGGCUCCACACGGGUCCCCCCACCCCGGCCGAGGCUGCUGCACCUGGAGUUUGAGCCUGAAGUGGAGGAUGCACUGCUGCAGCGAAUCAUGACUCUGAUCGAGCCCAGUGGGGACGACCACAAGCUCACCCCUGCCUUCCUCCUUUGCCUUUGCAUCCAGCACUCAGCCACCCGCCUGGAGCCUGGCUCAUUUGGGCAGCUCCUGCUCAAGAUAGCCAAGGCGAUCCGAGAGACAGUCUGGGAGAAAACCAAAGAACUGGCGGAGAAGCAGGCACAGCUCCAGGAGCCCAUCUCCCUAGCCAGCUUUUCCAUGGCUGGCCUGGUGCCAGACCUGCAGCACAUUCUUUUCUGGAUGUCCAACUCAGUUGAGCUCCUAUACUUCAUCCAGCAGAAGUGCCCGCUCUAUAUGCAGAGCUUGGAGGAGGAGCUGGACGUCACAGGCUCCAAGGAGUCCCUGUUCUCCUGCACGCUGACGGCCAGUGAGGAGGCCAUGGCGGUGCUGGAGGAGGUCAUCCUGUAUGCCUUCCAGCAGUGCGUGUACUACGUCUCCAAGUCCCUGUAUGUCUGCCUCCCGGCCCUGCUGGAGUGCCCCCCUUUCCAGACAGAGCGCCGGGAGAGCUGGUGCUCUGCUCCCCAACUGCCGGAGGAGCUGCGCCAUGUCGUGUCCGUGUACCAGGCCACCCUGGACCUCCUGCGGCAGUUCCAGAUGCACCCUGAGAUUGCCUCCCAGGUGCUGGCGUACCUCUUCUUCUUCUCCAGCACUCUGCUCUUCAACCAGCUCCUGGACAAGGGCCCCUCUCUCAGUUGCUUCCACUGGCCCAGAGGUGUCCAGGCCUGCGCCCGCCUGCAGCAGCUCCUGGAGUGGAUGAGGAGCACCGGCUAUGGGGAGGCCGGAGAGUGCUUCUUCCGGAAGCUUUCUUGCACACUCAACCUGCUGGCCACUCCCCGGGCCCAGCUUAUCCAGAUGAGCUGGGCAAACCUGCGGGCUGCGUUCCCCACCCUGAGCCCCGCACAGCUGCACCGGCUGCUGACUCAGUACCAGCUGGCCUCGGCCAUGGGCCCCAUGAGCGCCUGGGAGCCGGGUGCCCAGGACAGCCCCGAUGCCUUCAAGUCAGAGGAUGUCCUGGAGUCCUAUGAAAACCCCCCGCCUAUCGUUUUGCCCAGUGAGGGCUUCCAGGUGGAUCUGGAAGCAGAUUGCCUGGAUGACAGCAUCUACCAGCACCUCCUCUACAUCCGCCACUUCCUGUGGAGCCUGCGCAGCAAACCCAGUCCUGGGGGUGGGCCGUCCCAGCCAGAGUACCUCCAGGGCCCACACCACACCACCCCGGAAGGGCACCCAGAGGGCCAGAGCUGCCCGCUGGUUUCCAGGGGAGCCCGUGAAGCCAGCCAGAUGCGCGCUCUUCCUUCCUCAGGGGCUCCCCGAGCACAGGGCCCUCCGGGAAGGCAGAGCCGCGGGGGCCCCCAGGCUGGCCCCCUGCAGGCAGACUCCUCGUGCCUGCUCACGCCUCCCGGCACCCCACUCGGCCUCGAGCCCGCUGUCCCUGACUGGCCAGAGCCUGGUGGCACCUGUGGGCAAGCACUCCUGGAAGGGAGGAGGAACGGACAAAGUGGCUCCCGGGGGGCAGCUCCAGAAGGAGAUGGGGCGGGUCACGAGGACGAGCCCCCGGCCGCCCCCUCCAGCCACAGCUCCAGCACCGAGGACUUCUGCUAUGUCUUUGUGGUGGAGCUGGAGCGGGGCCCCUCUGGACUGGGGAUGGGCCUGAUCGACGGGAUGCACACGCCGCUGGGCUCCCCUGGGCUCUACAUCCAGACCCUGCUCCCGGGUAGCCCUGCAGCGUCGGAUGGCCGGCUGUCCCUGGGAGACCGCAUCCUGGAAGUGAACGGCAGCAGCCUGAUGGGCGUCAGCUACCUGAGAGCCGUGGACCUGAUCCGACAUGGGGGAAAGAAGAUGCGGUUUCUGGUUGCCAAGUCUGAUGUGGAAACAGCCAAGAAGAUCCGCUUCCGCACGCCGCCUCCCUAGGGUGGCCGCCCCUGUGCUCCCCGCCCUGCUGCUCCCGCGCUCAUGCCGUGUUCCCUGCUGUGGAUAAUGUACAUCUUAGUGUAUAUUUUAUUUAUAUGACAGAUAACACUAAAUUGUGAUGUUUGUUACAGAGCUUUUAUGUUUAAAAAUUUUAAUGGAGACGUAUAGAUUCAAUAAACUAUCUUUCGUAUUCUGA